UACAGACUCCUCCUCUAUUGUAUUUUGGUAACUCUUUUGUCUUUCAUUUUACUUUUUUUUAAAGAUUGUUUUUCUCCUUUGGGAAUGGAAGAUGGAGGUAUCAGGGAUAUAGAUAUUCGUGCUACGUCUUCUUUGAAUGCAAGUGCUAGUGCUAUUCAUGGUAGACUGAAUCAUAUAGGAGGCUAUGGGGGGUGGUGCCCUGAUCAGCAGCCGUAUUAUAAUGGUACAGGUCCUAUCCAUAAGGAGUUUAUUCAAGUCGAAUUUCCCAGGCCCUUUCGAAUUAAAGGCAUAAUAACACAGCACCGUGCUCGAGGUGUGGAAGGGAUUCGGAAGUUCUUGGUUUCGUACAGACAAGAUCAAGAAAACAAUGAAAAGUAUGCUUGGUUGUAUGAUGGAAGAUCACAAGUCAAGGUAAGUCAUUUCAAGGACCUUCAUAAGGAUGUUUUUCACGAGCAGCCUUAGCUCGCUAAUCAAUAACGAUACUUCUAUUCAUCGAUGCUCUUAAAGAACGAUACUUUCGCAACGGUCAAAUUUCAGAGAUUGCACGGAAAUUAACCUCUAAGAUCGAUGGAGUUCCUUCAGUCUUUAGUUGGAGUGGAUUUCUGAAGUAAUGCUAUUGCCACGGAUAUCAAACUGUUUUCUCAUCGGUGAUUUUGCGGCUAAUUUUCAGGACCGGAGUCGGUGACUUUCCAUGUGUUCGACAUUUUAGCGUGACAACGACUAGGGGCCGCUUUCCAUUCGACCAAAAUUUUCGAGAUUUCCGGUCUGAAAUCGAAUGGAACGGGAAAAGUUCCGGUUUAAGUUUUCGAAAAUUUAGGAAUACGUUUUGAGUGUGCCCUCUUGGAUGGAAUUUCCGGAAUUAUCGGAACGUGUGUAUUCCAUUCGCGACGGAAGUCGGUUUUAGUCUUCCUGUCGAACCUGAGUUCAAGUGGAUGAAUGGGAACAACAACAACUCGCACGUUUCCCUAGUCAUCCGGAAGUGGUUCUCAUACUUCCCCGACAAAUAGACAAGAAUUGUAACUUCGAAGAACCCAUCAACGUGAUUGAAUGUUCUCCGCAUAAAGCAGGCAAUUGCAGCCAGAAGUAUUGGAAUGUCGUUGCUGUCGAGAAUGGUACAGCUCAUCAUCCCAGAGUAAAUGUUUGAAAAGCCCGCCAUUUUGAAACACAACAAAGUCCACCCAACAUUCCCUGUGACCUCAAAAUAUGGGAUGCAUUCCAUUCGACCACAGGCAGCCCAAGCUUCAGCUGUGAGAUAAUCAUCUUGCGCAAUAUCAGUCACGACGGAAUUAUAAGAGUUUGUAUGGGAAUAUUUAUGACCGCUCUAAGGAAUAAAAAAAUACGUCAAAUUCUCAAUAAAAAUACCUCACCUUACUUCCACAGCAUAUCACUUGUUAUCUGACCGCUUACGUUGAUAAAAAGAACCCAUUUUAGCGAGUUCUCCAUUUCGAGGUUUUCUUGUUACGUACGUAGAAAACGAAAAUUCCGAACAUUUUGAACCGGUGAUUUUCGUUGAAUGGAAAGCGCCCUUUCCUAACAGCUGACUCGAAUGAGUAGUUGGUCACAUGAGACAAUCAAUCUCUUGCCUCCCCUGUUAUUUGCAAGUACCGUGGUAAUGUUAAGGUCUUGACUAGCGUUUUUUGGCUUUUUUUAAUGUUUUUUCGUUUGUUCUUUUAUCUUGUUUGUUGCUUAUUUGAUUUUUGCAGUUUAAAGGCACACAGUGUCUUUGCUACUUUGUCCCAGUGAUUAGGUUAACCAUUUUAUAUUUUCAUAUUUCAGAAAGCAAGGUUGAGAGGAACAGGUUUUUUCUGAGAACAAAAAUAAUAGCAAAUUUCAAAUCAAAUUGAUGGUAUCGCGUUUCAUGACGAGCUUGAAUCCUUUUAUGCAAAUGACUCUAGGCGAGCUUCUAUCUCCGCAUAAGCUCAUUUGCAUAGUAACCAGAUACUUCACACAGGUGACCUCCGAAUGAUAAACCAGCGAGGUGUGAAUUAGUUACACGGAUGCGUCUUUCUCCGGAGGCGUCAAUCAAUUGUGCAUUUACUUAUACAGCCUAUCAGGAAUGCGCAGAAUCGCCUAAAAGUAUUAUUAACCUUUGGCAUUUUAAAACUCGCGUUCAAAUUAAGAACUUCUUUUCAGAGUACCCUUGUGUAAGCAUCAGGUGAAUGGACUCACACCGAAAUACGGGUAUUCUAAGCACCCAAGCAUCUCGAUUGUUUACAGGUAAUGAACCUUUGGCGUUUCAAAACUCGCGUUCAACUUCAAAACUUCUUUUCAUAGUACCCUUGUAAAGACCAGGUGAAACGGAUUCACACCAAAAUGCGGGUGUUCUAAGCACCCAGGCAUCUUAGUUGUUUACGGUAGCUGCUUGAAAUGCCGCACUGCGGCAUUUCAAGGCGCGAGAUUUAUCGUGCGUCAUCGUAUAGCUCUAGACAGAAAUCAUCAGGCACACGACCUUACCUUAACGCCAAAUUGGUCAGGCCAGCGAGUAGAAUUUCUUUCUCGCGAAGUAACACACAGUUAAGACCUUACCUUAAGGAAAGAACGAUAACACUUUUUUUGCCGAUACCGCCGUACCUUCGUAUGGAAAUAUGGUGGGAUUAAGUUCCUGCGCUUACCUGACGUUUGGGACUUAUUAACUGAAAUAUUAUUUCAUACUUAAAGAGCUCCUUAGCAUAGACGCCAGAAAUGUAUUAUCAAAAUAUCAACCCAAUCGUUUCAAGUGUUAAAUGAUACUCCUGUAUCUCCAGAACAUAAUGCAGUCGAAAUCUCUCUCGAAAACAAGGCCCUCCCCGAGCAGCACACUUGAGGGAAAAGACCAUAUCUACGCGUGCCGAUGUAUUAUUCUCUGACAUGGUUUGAUGCUACUCUAGUUUACAGAUUUAAUGAAUGUAACCGAAGAAGUUACAAUUCAGAGACUCAACCUUUCGACACUUUGGGGCAUAUUUUUGCCAAACUUAAGGAUCCUGUCGAAUCGACGCCAUUUAUUCUAUUCCUUGUGAUGACUGUGACAACAUGAAUACAUCGGACAGACCAAACGUCAGUUUGGUACACGUUUGAAAGAACAUCAAAAAGCGAUUUCCUUUUGCAAAAAGGAGAAUUCAGCUUUAUCGGAGCACACAUGCCUAACUAGCCAUACAAUUGGGUAGGAUAAUUCUAAAUUAUCACCACCAAUCGGCAUUACCACCAGUGCCUUUGUUUGGAAGCUUGGCAUAUAAACUCCGCCCACGCUCCUUUAAAUCGUGACGAUGGCGGCUUAUUUCCUGACGCCUAUUUACACCUCGUCAGAAAAAAAAGGCAGCUAAUUAGUGAUCAUAUAAAAGGACCUCUUGUUGCAGCGUUUAGAUCACCCCUGAUGAAUGCACAAGACAGGAGUGUCGAAACGUUUGGUCUAUGAAUUGUAACUUCUUCGGUUACAUCCAUUAAAUCUGUAAACCAGAGUAGCAUCAAACCAUGUCUGAUUGUCCACCUGGUUGCCGCGUGAACUUUAAUAUAAUGUAUUAUUCUCUAUUUAAUCAAAUGAGUUGAUAAUGUGAAUUGGCGUCCGUAAGGAGAUUUUAAGGCUGACGUUUCGAGCGUUGGCCCUUCGUUAGAGCGAAUCCUUUCAUAACAACUUUACUACCUACCGUGAAAGUCAUGAAACAACGACUGUUAUCGAAUCGGGUGUAAGGUUUCAGAAAUAGUAAAUGUCACUUGAGUAAUAUCACCGGAUAUUUCCCGGUGUAACUGAGACCUCGUAGGUCUCGAGAUGUAUUUAGAAAAAUUUAUUUGUGAGCAAGCGAAAAUGUUGGGGAUUUGCUAACAUCAUGCACUGUUGUUGUAUAUGUCUCAGUUCUUUCAAGGAAAUAGCCUGUCGGAGUUGAAACCUCCACUUGUAGCAGACCGAAUAAGAAUUAUACCUGAAAUAUCUCCUCGCAGACAGGUGUGCCUCAGGUUUGAGCUUCUUGGCUGUCAAAUUGAAGGCGGUAAGCUUUUUACUUCCAUUAAAUAA